AACACUUUUUCCUCAGAACUCCAUCUCAUAUUUUCUUCCAAAAUGUCUACAAAUGAUCAUCAUCAGCCACUGUCACCCCUCCAAUGGCUAUCCUUCCUCCUGUUUCUCCUCCCCGGCCUCCCUCUUACCUCCCGUGCCGAUCUCGGCACCGCCGCCCGUUAUCCCCCUCCCUAUUUACCGACGGCCUGUUAUCGGAACGAUCCGACGCCGUUCCCUACGAGCAACUUGUUUGCGGCUGCAGGUGACGGAAUAUGGGACAAUGGGGCGGCGUGUGGGAGGCAAUACUUGGUGAGGUGUAUCAGCGCUGCCACGCCCGGUACAUGUAAGCCUGACCAGACUAUUCAGAUUAGGAUUCUUGAUUACGGCCUUGUCACGACUUCUCCGCCUUCAGUCAGCGGCACCACCAUUGUUAUGUCGGAGACAGCUUUUGGGUCCAUUGCUAAUUCUACUGCUAGCUCCAUCAACAUAGAGUUUCAACAGGUAUGAAUUUGAACAGAAGGGAAAGGUUGACUGGUCAUGGCGUAAUCAAAUUGCAAGUUUCUCAUCGAUUGCAGACAAAGAAUGGAACAGAAGCUUUGAUAUUAUAUUGUCUUUUCCCUCUGGAAGUUUUAAGAGAGAAAAUUCCAUGCAAGUGUGCUUGAUUGCCAAUUGUUUGUUUGUUUGUAGUUGAAAAUUCUUCUCUCAUUGAUGCCCUGUUUAUAUGUCAUUUUCCUUCCUCAUUUUACGUCUGUGUAAAUAUAGACGGAGACUUCUUUGGUCCUUGGGGAAUUUUCUUUCCUCUUUCUUGGCUUUGGAAGCUGCUGCUUAUC